AUGCAAAACGAUAGACAAUCGCAACAGAAAUACCAUAGACAUGCUCAGUCGCCUUCCCGCGAGCCCUCCAGCGUGCGCACGCGGUCUGGUGCGAGCGUUCGAGUGGCCCAUCGCCGCUCCCCGUCUGAGCUAACUCCUCUCGUGCAAGAAAAGCUCGCUCUCCAGCAACAAAUCGAAAUGCUACAAGCCCAGCAGCAACAAAUGCUCGCCCAACAGCAAUACGGAAUGAUGCCCGUCUAUCCAUCAAUGCCUCCUCCUGGUAUGAUCCCAGCGUAUCCUUAUUUUCCGCAACAUCAAAUGCCUCCUGCGCCCAACCCCGGUCCGGCUAAUUCCGCGUCGCCACCCCCGUCAGCUGGUGGCCACCAACGCCAGCGUUCUGGCCAUCAACGCCGCCAUUCCUUGCACGUGAGCGAGGCAAGACGAGCGGCUCAUGUCGAGCAGCAGCGCCGUGAUGGCCCGUCAUCGUCUCCAAGCCCAAGUGCUUCUCCACACGGUGCAGACAACAACAGGUCGCCUCGUCGCAUCGGCUCUCCUGGCCCAGCAGCAACUCCUCAUUUCGAAGACAACCUGCAUCCUCCUCCCCAGUCUCCACUGCGUCAGAGCCAUCACAUUAGAGCGGCUUCAACAGGAUCCAACGCCUCCCCCACUCGAAAUCAAUUCACCUUCCCACCCAAGAAUAACGUUAGCAGUGGUGCUCCUCCGUCAGGUGGCAACAGCUCCAAUAAUAAUAGCCGACACGGCCGUUCAAAUUCGACACACCGCCGUAACAACUCGCGUAACUUUGAAGGAAACUGGCGCCAGCCUCAGAACCAGGAUAACCUGGUUGGUCCCUCGAUCCCUCAGAUGGACUUCUUAGCCCCGCCUGCCUUUGUCCCUGGACACAGAACCCGUGGCUCGUUCAACUCUGUGUCCUCGAUUGCUGCUUUUACUGAAGGCAAUACCGGUGGAAAUGGUGGUAGUCUCAGCGGACGUAAAUCGCUUUUCGCUCCCUACCUAUCACAAGCCUCUAUUCCCCAGCUGUUGGCCGAUGGCUUGCUUGUUGCCGGAACUUUACGUGUGAAUCGUAAAAACCGGUCAGAUGCCUUUGUAACCACUGAUGUUCUGGAUGCUGAUAUCUUCAUUUGUGGCUCGAAAGACCGCAACCGUGCUCUCGAAGGAGAUCUGGUCGCUGUUGAGUUGCUUGAUGUCAAUGACGUUUGGGAGUCCAAGAAGGAAAAAGAAGAAAAGAAGCGCCGCCGCGACGCUAACGAAGAUACUCUAUUGGUUGAAACAGCGAAUGGUGAGCUCCGUCGCAAGGGCUCUUUGAAACAGAGACCGACCCAUAAACGCAAUGACGAUAUGGAGGUCGAGGGCCAAACUCUUCUCCUCAAAGAGGAAGAGCAGGUCAGCGACCAGGCACGUCCCCUUUAUGCAGGCCAUGUUGUCGCCAUCCUUGAGAGGCCCACAGGCCAACUGUUCAGUGGUACGCUCGGAUUGCUGCGCCCAUCUUCCCAGGCCACCAAGGAGCGCCAGCAACAGGAGCGCGCUGAGAAGGGUGAACCGCCGCUUGUUGAACCUCCGACCAAAGAUAGACCCAAAAUUGUAUGGUUCAAGCCUACUGAUAAAUGUGUGCCUUUGAUGGCGAUUCCAACAGAGCAAGCACCAGAUGAUUUUGUCGAGAAUCAUCAGCAUUAUGCGGACAAGAUAUUUGUUGCUGCGAUCAAACGUUGGCCUAUUACCUCAUUGCAUCCCUUUGGCACACUGGUCGAACAAUUAGGAGCUAGUGAUGAUGAUGAUGCUGUUGUAACUUCUGUGCUACGUGACAACAACUUUGGUUCCCACAAGUUCAGCGAGACUGCCCUUUCUUACACUGAUGGACUUGCUAAUGAUCUUGCGGACUUCGAUUCGAACUAUAAAGAGCAGCGUCUCGCGUACAAGGAUGCUGUUAUCAUCUCCCCUGUUCCCUCACUGUGUGAAAAUUCCUUUUCUAUUAGCAAGGAAAAUGGCAAAACACACCUCGCUGUGCAUGUUGUGGAUCUGUCUCCGUUUGUGAGUGAAGGGUCCCCUCUUGAUCGUGAGCUCAGACAUAAAUCUGCUGGUGUCUACAUGAAGCAGCUCACUUCUCCUCUCAUGCCUGAUGAGCCGGCAGGCAAACUAGGCUACCAGGUUGGUCGUGCAACACCCUCCAUCACAGUCCAAUUUUCGCUCAACGAUGAGUUCGAGGUCGUAGACACAAAGGUGGAGACUACUCUUGUUACCCCAAAUGCAAGCGUCAAACUGUCGGAUCUGGAGAAGCAUGAGCUAUUCGCUGAUUUGGAAAAGAUUACCCGUGUAUUCCGCAGUUCUCGCCAGAGCGCUGGUUUGAGUCUAGACAGCAUGCUGAAGGUACAGGUUCCUUGUGGGCCCGGUCUGUUUACCACGGCUGACGCUAGCUCCCUGGCAUAUGACGAGAUGUGCUACAAAGUAAAUGCAACAAUUGCUCAGAAGCUCUUAUCCAGCUACGCACCGCAGGCGCUUCUUUAUCGCCAAGGUGAUCCAGUUCUUGCCAAGCUUGAGGCCCUCUCGGCUGCUCUAGGAAAUGCCGUUCCCAAGUUCGACACCCUUUCACCGGCAGCAAUCAACUCUUCUAUUGCCGCAAUCGAGGACACCGAUGUUCGUCACGCCGUUGAAAUUGCGAUGCUCAAGUGUCUUGCUCCUCAGCGCUACGCUAUCUCUGGUCGGUGCGAUCCACUUAGCUAUUCCCAUUACUGGCUGAAUCUGCCUGCCUACACACACUUCACUAACCCUCUUCGCAGGUAUGCUGAUUUGGUUGUGCAGCGCCAGGUUCACGCAGUUCUGGAGGGCAACCGUCCUAAUGCCGAUGAGGAGCCUCGUCUUGCUGGCUUGGCUAGUGAAUUGUCGUUCCGUCUCGACUGUGCCAAGAAUGUGCAAGAUCAAAGUAUCCAUCUCGACCUCAGCCGAAGAAUCUCGGACAUGGCCAAGGACGCAGGCUACAUUUUGCGGACCGGCAUCGUCGUGCAAGUCUACGAAUCUGCAUUUGAUGUGGUUGUGCCCGAACUAAGCAUCGAAAAGCGCAUCCACGGCGAUCAGCUUCCGCUUCUCAAGGCGGAGUUCCACAAAGCAACUCACCGCUUGGAACUAUUCUGGGAACCGGACUGUGAUGCGGCCACUUUUGCUCCUUCAGAGAAUUCGACAAGCCUGACUGCCAAGCCAACUGCCGAGAUCGCUGCUGCAUCAAAGUAUGAUCUGGAAGCUGCAAUCAAGACUCUCAUCACCCGCGUAGAGGGGGGCGCGCAUGUCCAGGAAAUCUGCAUGCUUCAGCGUGUACCCGUUCUUUUACGCGCAGACCAUGCAAUGCACACAUUACCAUCCAUCACAAUGCGCACUAUUAAUCCUUUCUAUAAAGAAAAGUAG